AUGGGUAAUAUAAAUUCUUUUUGGUAUUAUGAGCCUAAUAAAUGCUCAAAAUGUCUUCGAUCCGGUACACUUCUUGAACCUAUUACACCUUGUGUUCGUUGUCGACAUUAUUUAUGUGUACACUGUUCUAAGUCUGUGCCAUUAAGUCCAUGUGGCACAAGUUGGCCUAUUUUGCGUCUGGCAUAUUUAUCAUCACGAGCUCCACGGUGUUGUUUUUCAUGUGGAAGUCCUCUUCUCUCAUUAAAUGAUGAAAUUCUACGCUAUAUUAUGUUAUUUCUUACAUACAAAAAUCAAGAUCGUCUUCUUCGGGUUUGUACCCGGUUUCAUAGUGUUUUACUUCUUCCAUAUGAAUACGUUAAAAAUAUAGAGGAAAAAUAUAUUUGGAAGGAUCCUCAUGAUAUUUUAUAUGCUAGUAGAAGAAGUAUUAUACUACGUGGUGUGGAUCGUCUUACAGGGGCUAUACAUGCAUUAAAGUUAAUACCAAAAUCUCAGAUGCUCUCACGACGACUUUGGCAAAGAUUACAACAAUGUAUUGAUAUUCGUCGAGCAGCAUCUGCGUAUUCUGAAUUUUUUGUAACAUUUCACGGUGCAUUUCAAACACGUGAUUUUAUUGUAUUAGUAAUGGAUCUCCUUCCAUCUGAAAAGUAUCAAUCUCUUUCAUCUAUUAUACAAUGUGGUAAACUAACAGAAACAAAAUCUCGUUUAAUUAUCGCACGUUUAUUAGAAGCUGUGCGAUGCUUACAUGAUGAACUUCAUGUUGUGCAUCGUGAACUUUCACUUGAUGCCGUUUUUGUUGCACGUGAUAACUUUGAAGAUGUUCAUGUAUUACACUUUCAUUAUGCACGCUUCUUAAAACCAUCUCCGCAUUCAUCAUAUUUACAGGAAAUACAGAGACAACAACAAUUACAGAAACAAACAGAAGCUUCAUCCUGUCUUGUACCAAAUUCAGUAGGGUUUGGAAAUGAAGAUCGUGAGGCUCCUAGUAUGACAGCAUUGCUUCACGUUAAACAAUUCUCAAAACCACCACCACUUUCUCUUCCACAAGAUUUUGGAUUAUUACGUAAAGCUGGAUUUUAUGCUAAACUUGCGCGAGAUCGGGAAGCACAACUACAAGAAGCCGCAACACGAUCACAAGGUUUCUCUCAUUCAACUUUUGAAACUCAGCGCUACUGUGGUUCUACGGUUAACAAUAUAACGAGUGUCUCUGGUACUGUAUUAGAAUUCACAGAAGGUGAUGCGACUAUCCCAUUUAGUAUGUCUCCAAAGCGGCAACCUAACCCUACUGAGGCAACUUUAGCUUUAAUGAGGAAAAAAUGUAGUAAUGGUAAUGACAAUAAUACCCUCAUUUUUUCUGACAAUGAUGAUGAUAAUAAUAGUAUUACUACUCUUUCUCCUCCUCUUUAUCCUGCUGCAGCUGCUACUGAUGGUGAUAAUACUAAUAUUAAUAUCAAUAAUAAUAUCAAUAAUAAUGAUAUCAAUAAUAAUAAUAAUAAUAAUAAUGAAAAUACUGAAGAAGAUAAUGAUGAUGACUUUCUUAUUGUUGCUACACCGCGAGCAUCUGCUACAUAUGCUGCUCCGGAGCUUAGUGCAGCAUUGUGCUCACAAUCCAUUGUGCCAUCGCUCACUAUUCGUGCAGUUGAUGUAAAGAAAUGGGAUGUUUUUGCUAUAGGGGGAAUUUUCUAUAGACUUCUUGCUUCUUCUUUGCAUGAUCAUGAUAAUUCUCUUCAAUGUCCCGAUUGGGAUAUACUUAGUGCAGUUAUUAGUCGAGAAAGUAUUGUUCUUUUGCUUUCUUUGAUGCAUUUUGAACCUUCUUGUCGUGCAUCCUGUAGGGAGGCUCUAAAAAUUCUCUGUGAGCAAUUUGGAGACUAUACUCCAGAAAGUGUUCAAUAG